AUGGCCGCCACUGCGACUGCGACCAAGUCGCUCAUCGGCGAAUCCGCUGCAUGGAGCGGCCUCAAGAAGAUGCCUGUGACUCGUGCCGCUGCUUCGCGGAAACUUGUCGUUCGUUCUCCUGCCAGAUCAUCAGUUUCUGUUCGUGCUGCUGCAGCUGCUCCCACACAUUUCCUCCAUAUUGACGACUUCGAUAAGGAUACCAUUCUCCACAUCCUCAACCGUGCCAAGGAAGUGAAAGCGAUAAUCAAGUCCGGCGACCGCUCAUACCAACCCCUAAAGGGUCACACCAUGUCGAUGAUAUUCACCAAGCCCUCCAUGCGCACGCGGGUGAGCUUCGAGUCGGGCUUCUUCCUGCUGGGCGGCCACGCACUCUACCUCGGCCCCGACACCAUCCAGCUGGGCAAGCGCGAGGAGACGAGGGACAUCAGCCGCGUCAUCAGCGGAUACAACGACAUCAUCAUGGCUCGCCUCUUUGCACACCAGGACAUCAUCGACCUGGCCAAGUAUUCGAGCGUCCCUGUGGUGAACGGGCUGACGGAUUACAACCACCCAUGCCAGAUCAUGGCGGAUGCGCUCACCAUCAUUGAACACCUGGGGCAGAUCGAAGGCAUGAAGGUGGCCUAUGUGGGCGAUGGCAACAACAUAGUGCACAGCUGGCUGCGCCUGGCAGCAGUCAUCCCCAUGCACUUCGUGUGCGUGUGCCCCAAGGGGUUCGAGCCCGAUGCCGCCACAGUAGAACACGCGAGAGCAGCAGGGCUCAGCACGAUCGAGAUUACCAAUGACCCUGUGGAAGGGGUGAAGGGCAGCAACGUGGUGUACACGGACGUGUGGGCGAGUAUGGGGUAUAAGGAGGAGGCUGAGACGCGGAAGACGACUUUCCAAGGCUUCCAGGUGUGUGAGGGGGAGGGAGAGGGGAGGGAGAGGGGGGAACGGGGAGGGAGGGGAGGGGAGGGGAGGGGAGGGGAAGCAUUGUAA